UGGGACCAUGGCGACCCAGGCAAAGCGCCGGCGGCUGGCGGGCUCCAUGGGCGGCGGUGACGCGGAUCCGGACCCGGUGGCGGGCUUCCUGAGCUGGUGCGGGCGGAUGGGGUUGGAGCUGAGUCCCAAGGUGGCGGUGAGCAGUCAGGGCACGGUGGCCCGCUACGGCAUGGUAGCCCGGGAGACCGUGCAGCCCGGGGAGCUCCUGUUCGCGGUGCCGCGGGCCGCGCUCCUGUCUGAGCACACCUGCUCCAUCGGCGGCCUGCUAGAACGAGAGCGAGGCGCGCUGCAGAGCCAGUCGGGCUGGGUGCCUCUGCUGCUGGCGCUGCUCCACGAGCUGCAGGCCCCGGCCUCGCCCUGGAGCCCCUACUUCGCCCUCUGGCCCGAGCUGGGCCGCCUGGAGCACCCCAUGUUUUGGCCCGAGGAGGAACGCCGGCGACUGCUCCAGGGCACAGGUGUGCCCGAGGCCGUGGAGAAGGAUUUGGCCAACAUCCGCAGCGAGUACUAUUCCAUAGUCCUGCCUUUCAUGGAAUCCCAUCCCAAUCUCUUCAGCUCCAGGGUUCGCUCCCUAGAACUCUACCAGCAGCUCGUGGCUCUUGUGAUGGCCUACAGCUUUCAGGAACCACUGGAGGAAGAGGAGGAUGAGAAGGAGCCGAAUUCCCCAUUGAUGGUGCCUGCUGCAGACAUACUAAACCACUUAGCUAAUUACAAUGCCAAUCUAGAAUACUCACCAGACUGUCUUCAGAUGGUUGCCACCCAGCCCAUUCCUAAAGGCCAUGAGAUUUUCAAUACUUACGGACAAAUGGCUAAUUGGCAGCUGAUUCACAUGUACGGUUUUGUUGAACCAUAUCCUGGCAACACGAACGACACAGCUGACAUUCAGAUGGUGACAGUUUGUGAAGCUGCAUUACGGGGAACAAAAGUUGAAGCUGAAAGGCUCCUACUACGUGAACGUUGGGAUUUCUUAUGCCAGCUGGAGAUGGUAGGGGAAGAAGGAGCCUUUGUGAUUGGGUGGGAGGAAGUGAUAACUGAAGAGGAGUUGACUACCACACUCAAGGUACUGUGCAUGUCUGCCGAGGAGUUCAGAGAGUUUAAACACCAGGAUGGAUGGGAAGAUAACAGGGGAGAGGACAGCCUGACAAUCACAGAUAUCCCCAAGCUCAGAGCAUCGUGGAAACAGCUUCUUCGGAACAGUGUUUUGUUGACCCUACAAACCUAUGCCACAGACUUAAAAACUGAGCAAGAUUUACUCAGUAAUAAGGAGGCGUAUGCUCAACUCAGCUGGAGGGAACAGCAGGCCUUACAGGUUCGCUAUGGUCAGAAGAUGAUCUUACAUAACUUGUUGCAACUGACAAGUAAGUAG